AGUGAACGAAUUCGAUUUUUGGGCGCGGCACUUCCCCGGGUCUCGCUCCGUGAAGAGGUUUCGCCUCUGUUCUGGCAACGCGACUCGGCGCGACGCCCACAUCCCAGGGAGUUCCUUACCCCCUCUUCCCCUUCCUUCCCGGAGCCGUGAUCACGAAGAUGGACGUGGGCACAGAGAGCGAGGGCGCCUUGCUCCUUGCGGAGGAGGAGGAGGGGGACGAGGGGGAGGGGGAGGCGGUGAGGCGGGCGGGCGAGGAGACGCUGCCGGGCCCGGGCGAGGUGGAGGCGGCGCUCGUCACCGCCGCCUUCGUGGCCACGUUUGACGCGCGGACAGGGAACGGGCUGGAGUGGUGCGCGCCUCACGAUGCAGCCCUGGUCGGUGUUGAGUUCAAGGCCAUCGCGAGUGGAGCUCACAACAUCACUUCUGACUUCACGUAUUUCCGAACGGACAGCGCCUUUGGGUUGGCUCACUUCCACAGCCGGCGCGUGGACAGCGGCCCAGAGCGAGGCGUCCGUGUCAAGUCUGUGGGGGCCCUGUCCCCCAGCUACGCCACCCUCGCCUUGCACUCGACCUUCCUCCAGGAGCAAGUCAGGAGGCAGCUUGACGAGCCAGGGCAAUACGAAGCCCUCUCGGAGUUCUACGAGCAAUACCGAGCAGUGCUGCCCCUCACCACCGAGCUCCCCACCACCCAGCCCCCCUCAAGCCAGCUCCCCUCAACCCGCACGCCACUCUCCUGGGAUCGUCCUCUUCUGCAGGGCCACCAUGCAGGUAGCCUCUCCCGGCUUGUGAACUGCUUCGGGCCGAGCGUGUUCUGCCUCUGGAAGUUGGUUCUCCUGCGCAAGAGGAUGCUGCUCUACUCGCCGCCCCCGGUGGGCGGCGCGUGCCUCCACGUGCUCUGCUGCUGCUGCCUGGGGAGCCACGGCCAGGCUGGGCUGGGCGCCGUGCCGCCCCUCAAGCCGCUCUUCUACGUCAGCGUGGCCGACAUCGGUUCGCUGGAGUCGGAGGUCACCUACAUCGCGUGCACGACAGAGAAGGUGUUUGAAGACAAGACGGCACUGUACGACGUGUACGUUGACCGGCAGAGCCUCCGCUCGCACCACAGUCACCUGCAGGGCCUGCUAGCGCCUACACGUGCCGACCAAAGCCGCUACCAACAGCUGGUGACGCAGAGGGAGGUGGUCUCGACAGGCCGGGAUGGAAGCCAGAACCUCGACAACGGAUUCCUUCUAACAUUCUUCCGGGAGCUGAAUGCACGCGUGCUGGGCUCGCUGGUGCGCCUGGCGGUCAGCGGUGUCCGCGAAGUCACCGAGUCGGACGUGUGCCGCAUGGGCCUCGACCCCGUGGCCGACCGACUCUUCUUGGCCGAUCUCAUCGACCUCUACACCAUCAAUGUCACCAUCUCCGCCGACAACCCCUGCUGCCCCUAGGUCUGCACGUGCUGCACCAGACAACGGAUGCCGUAUGUCCACAUGGCCUCGACAUCGCAGGUGGCAUCCGUCUGCACGUUGAGUGUGGAGGGGAAGGCUCUUCAGGACGCCUCGCUCUGCGGGGUACGGGCCGGGAGGCAGGGAAGGCAGGUCCAAAGCCCUGGAUGCCUUGCCAACGAGAUGUUUCAUCGUAAGAGAUUACCUGGGUGAAAUAUUUUAUUUAAUGAAAAAUCAAAGGCAGCUAGAGUGUUUCAAAGGCAGCUUACAGAGUUUCUACUUUUCACUUGCUGGUUAUUGUAGAGAGAUUCACAAUAAAAUAUAAUUUACAUUUUAACACACGCACCCAGCUCAUUACCCCGACGCAGAGAUUGGCAGUGCUCUACCCCCUGUGUAUUACUCCAAAUGAACUCACUGCUGCCCCGAGGACGAACCACCAAGAUGUUUUCUGAUGCGGCAGUUGUCGCGACAUACAAGAUAAGGGGCGGCUCUGCACACCGCUACACCGUUCCAUGCACUUGCGAGCGCUGGUUCAGAUUCAGCACGAGUUUUGGAUUGAAAUAUUUCAGAUUUACAGUUUUCUCGGAAGUUAUCGGAUAGUUCUGGAUUAUGUUAAGACAUGUAUUUACGUGUCACAAUGGUGAUAUCACUUGAUGCCACGUGCCACCAGUUUUAGCAGUAAAACAGCGGAAGUGACGCAGUGAUACCGGCAUCGUCACUUUCCUUUCGGAAUAAUCCGAAUCGACGUUUUUAUUUAGAUCGUCUCAAGUAUCACAUCUUGGCCUGAUCCUGAGAUAUUUUUGAUUAAUCUGAAAAUCAGCUCACGACUGGUUUGGAUGCUCUGGCUGAGCAUGCACACUGUGCAGCUGGCAGAGGCUGCAGCACUCGGGCAACCGUAAUCACCAAGUGUUGUGCUCGACUGACAGCUCCCGUGUCGUAAUUACCCGCCCUGCCACUGCUCGAACACGCAUUAGCACCGAACCAAUUUGCACUCUCUAAACCACGACCUUGCUCAAGCAAUUAAAUCUUUAAAUAUUCAUAGAUUUAUUUUCUUGAUACAAAUUGUACAUUUUAUUUCACGGAAACCCUUGUUUAGAUAAAGUAUUUGGUGACACCGCAUUAGCAGUGGUGCACAAGCACAAAUAACAACACUUUACCACCUUCUCUGUACAAAAUAUUAAUAGUUUUAUACAGCAAGGUGGCUCACACCUGCCGCUUCCUGACACGGACUUGACCAGCAUCAUGCUGUUGCAUCAAUCAUGACCUGAAAGGGAAUGGAGCUGAAUUCACACCAGCUGCAUGGUUUGUCACCUUUUCCCCGUGUCGUGUUUCGAAACACUGAGUCGUGCAACCACCGUCCUACCACAUACUGCACAUGAGUUUCAGAAAUGACGUCAUUCCCUGUAAUUUCCCAAAAUAAAACGCUGCACGACCUCAUAAUCCUCUCAAUUAGAACUGCUUCUUUUCCAAGGAAUAAACGUGCUACUGCUGUU